ACUGCGUAUCAUCCCGCCAUCUUUCCAGCCGGCUUCCAGGAGAAGAACACGUUGCUGGGGAAAAAAAACCAAGUUUGCCCCCUUGGUAUUUGUCUCUACACGGCUUUUCUGCUCUGUUUUCUUCAUUGCGGGGCUAAAGGAGCCGGAGAGGGCUCCACAGGUGCUAGCGUCCGUCAUUCCAGCCCUCCAUCAUGGCGGAUAAGAACACCAGGAUCGCCAUCGUCAACCACGACAAAUGCAAACCCAAGAAAUGCCGUCAGGAGUGCAAGAAGAGCUGCCCGGUGGUCCGGAUGGGUAAACUGUGCAUCGAGGUGACUCCACAGAGUAAGAUCGCCUGGAUCUCUGAGUCUCUGUGUAUAGGCUGCGGCAUCUGCAUCAAGAAAUGUCCGUUCGGAGCGUUGUCCAUCGUCAACCUGCCCAGUAACCUGGAGAAGGAAACCACACACAGAUACUGCGCCAACUCCUUCAAACUGCACAGGCUGCCCAUCCCCCGGCCCGGCGAGGUUCUGGGUCUGGUAGGGACCAACGGUAUCGGGAAGUCCACGGCUCUGAAGAUCCUGGCUGGAAAACAGAAACCCAACCUGGGCAAGUACGACAACCCUCCAGACUGGCAGGAGAUCCUGACCUACUUCAGAGGCUCCGAGCUGCAGAACUACUUCACCAAGAUCCUGGAGGACGACCUGCGAGCCAUCGUGAAGCCGCAGUACGUCGACCAGAUCCCAAAGACCGUCAAGGGGUCAGUAGGAGCCAUCCUGAGCAGGAAGGACGACACCGACACUCAGGACAUCGUCUGCGACCAGCUCGACCUGAGUCACCUGCGAGACAGAAACGUGGAGGAUUUAUCUGGAGGGGAGCUGCAGAGGUUCGCCUGCGCCGUCGUCUGCAUCCAGAGAGCCGACAUUUUUAUGUUCGACGAGCCGUCCAGUUAUUUGGAUGUGAAGCAGAGACUGAAGGCUGCCAUCACCAUCCGCUCGCUGAUCACCCCGGACAGGUACAUCAUUGUGGUGGAACACGACCUGAGUGUGUUGGAUUAUCUGUCCGACUUCAUCUGCUGCCUGUACGGAGUUCCCAGCGCCUACGGAGUGGUGACCAUGCCCUUCAGCGUCCGAGAAGGUAUCAACAUCUUCCUGGACGGUUACGUUCCCACGGAGAAUCUCAGGUUUCGUGAGACCUCAUUGGUCUUUAAGGUGGCUGAGACGGCCAAUGAGGAGGAGGUGAAGAGACUCAGGCAUUACCAGUAUCCAAACAUGGCGAAGACCAUGGGCGAGUUCACGCUGGAGAUCAAAGGAGGAGAGUUCACGGACUCUGAGAUCAUGGUGAUGCUGGGAGAGAACGGCACUGGAAAGACGACCUUCAUCAGGAUGUUAGCAGGAGGACUGAAACCUGAUGGAGGAGGUGAGGUUCCCAUCCUGAAUGUGAGCUACAAGCCUCAAACCAUCAGCCCCAAGUUCAAGGGCAGUGUCAGAGCUCUGCUCCAUGAGAAGAUCAGAGAUGCCUACACUCAUCCUCAGUUCAUCACCGACGUCAUGAAGCCGCUGCAGAUCGAGAGCAUCAUCGACCAGGACGUCCAGAACCUGUCUGGAGGUGAGCUGCAGAGAGUCGCCCUCACCUUGUGUUUGGGGAAACCGGCCGAUGUCUACCUGAUCGACGAGCCCUCGGCUUACCUGGACUCAGAGCAGAGGUUGAUGGCAGCCAGAGUCAUCAAGAGGUACAUCCUCCACGCCAAGAAGACGGCCUUCGUGGUGGAGCAUGACUUCAUCAUGGCCACCUACCUGGCCGACAGAGUCAUCGUGUUCGACGGAAUUCCCUCCAAGAGCACGGCGGCAAACACGCCUCAGAGUCUGCUGGCUGGAAUGAACCGGUUCCUGUCGCUGCUGGAGAUCACGUUCAGGAGAGACCCGAACAACUUCAGACCACGAAUCAACAAACUCAACUCCAUCAAGGACACAGAACAGAAGAAGAGCGGAAACUAUUUCUUCCUGGACGACUAAGACAGCGUCUCUGCGACCAACUGCGACGGCUUCGGGGCUGCGUUCGAAGCCUCCGAGCGUUGCCUCGACACAUCCAGCCAGGCUGCGUUCACUUAAGAAGUUUAAACCAUCAGCCUCCAUGUACCGGGCUGCGUUCAAUAGCCAGCAAAUGUUGUGACAUGUUUGAAAAUAAUAAAGUGCAUUCUGUCCGUCGGCCUGCUGGGCUCCAUUCUCAAGCAGCGACAUCGUGGAACAUUCAGCAGCGCAUUUUAACUAUCAUGCAUUAAAGUGGUAAUAAACUGAUGCUUCCUGA